AUGUCUGCAAGAAUCCUGUACAGACAGCUUUCACGCUGCAGCAUCAAGGCUGCAGGGGGAGAAGAAAAUUUCACUUACUGUCCAGCAACAGGCCUAGCUAAAGGAAAGGAGCGCUCGGAAUUUGCUGGCUGGGCAUUUCCCUUUCCAGGGGUGUUUCUGACGGGGGAGUUCAUUAGCGAAGAUGAAGAAUCUGAGAUAGUUGAACUGAUGGAUCGAGAUGACUGGAAGCCAUCGCAGUCUGGCCGAAAGAAACAGGACUAUGGACCCAAAGUGAACUUCAAGAAACAAAGGCUGAAAGCUGGCAGCUUUACUGGUUUGCCAAGUUUUAGUGAAAAGAUUGUGGCACAAAUGAAGGCCUGCUCUGUACUAGGUGGUUUCUUACCUGUUGAACAAUGUAAUCUGGACUACAUGCCAGAAAGGGGUUCUGCCAUCGACCCACAUUUUGACGACUGGUGGCUUUGGGGAGAGCGUCUGGUUAGCUUAAACUUGCUCUCAAAAACCGUCCUAUCCAUGUCUUGUGAUUCAGAGGACAGUAUCCAAUUAUUUCCCACUUUCAGUAAAGAAAACGGGGAAUUAAGUCCCCCUGGAUCUUUUACACAGACGUCAGUGUGCAAAAAUUCAGGCGAAGAGGGAAUCGGCUGCAUUUUAUCCCCAAGGCUUGUUCCAAGUAAAGAGGUGACUGUUGCCAUUCACUUACCCCGAAGGUCUCUGGUGGUGCUGUACGGUGACGCACGGUACAAGUGGAAACACGCGAUUCACCGCAAGCAUAUAGAGCAUCGCCGAAUCUGUGUCACGUUCAGGGAGCUGUCUGCGGAGUUCAGCACCGGAGGAAGGCAUGAGGAACUGGGUAAAGAACUGCUAGAAAUAGCUCUCUCAUUCCAAGGAAGACCAGUGUGAUCAGCAAGAGGAAGCCAGAAUUGCGUUUUGUUAGGAAAUUUGAAAAAUAAAGUACAGAAUUUGUACAACUCUGGUUUAUUUCUGAAGUGUGUGUAAGGAGCCAGGUGUGUACAGAGAUAAGCUCAAAUGGAAAUUUAACAAACAGAAGUAAGAGAGUGCAAGGAAGGGGUGGGCUGCUUGUUUCUUCAAAGACUUUCCUGGGCAGUGGGAGCUUGUAGGCCAAAGUCAGAAAUGAGCUGUU